AUGUGGGCAUGGGAUGAGGCAGGUGCCCAGGCAGCCAUUGUCUUCAUCAAGGAGCCGUCCUCCCAGGAUGCACUGCAGGGGCGCCGGGCGCUGCUCCGCUGUGAGGUUGAGGCCCCGGGCCCAGUGCAUGUGUACUGGCUGCUGGACGGGGCCCCUGUCCAAGACACUGAGCGGCGUUUUGCCCAGGACAGUAGCCUGAGCUUUGCAGCUGUGGACCGGCUGCAGGACUCCGGCGCCUUCCAGUGUGUGGCUCGGGAUGACAUCACUGGAGAGGAAGCCCACAGUGCCAAUGCCUCCUUCAACAUCAAAUGGAUUGAGGCAGGUCCUGUGGUCCUGAAGCAUCCAGCGUCAGAAGCUGAGAUCCAGCCACAGACCCAGGUUACACUUCGUUGUCACAUUGACGGGCACCCUCGGCCCACCUAUCAGUGGUUCCGAGAUGGGACCCCUCUUUCUGAUGGUCAAAGCAACCACACAGUCAGCAGCAAGGAGCGGAACCUGAUGCUCUGGCCGGCCAGUCCUGAGCAUAGUGGUCUCUACUCCUGCUGUGCCCACAAUGCCUUUGGCCAGGCCUGCAGCAACCAGAACUUCACCUUGAGCAUUGCUGAUGAAAGCUUUGCCAGAGUGGUGCUGGCGCCCCAAGACAUGGUAGUGGCAAGGAACGAGGAGGCCAUGUUCCAUUGUCAGUUCUCAGCCCAGCCACCCCCGAGCCUGCAGUGGGCCUUUGAGGACGAGACUCCCAUCACAAAUCGCAGUCGAGCCACGGUGUUUGCCAAUGGAUCCUUGCUGCUGACCCAGGUCCGGCCACGCAAUGCAGGGGUUUACCGCUGCAUCGGCCAGGGGCAGAGGGGCCCACCUGUUGUCCUGGAGGCCACACUUCACCUGGCAGAGAUUGAAGACAUGCUGCCACUUGAGCCACAGGUAUUCACAGCUGGCAGUGAGGAGCGUGUGGCCUGCCUGCCCCCCAAGGGACUGCCGGAGCCUAGUGUGUGGUGGGAACACGCGGGAGCCCGGCUACCUGCCCAUGGCAGGGUUUACCAGAAGGGCCACGAGUUGGUGUUUGCCAGUACUGCUGAGAGUGAUGCUGGCAUCUAUACCUGCCAUGCAGCCAACCUGGCUGGUCAGCGGCGACAGGAUAUCAACAUCACCGUGGCCAGUGAGCACAUUUGCCCUGAAGGUUGAGGACAGAUGGAGAGGAGUCCAGGUCCAUGGAAGCUUGGACUAGGGGUGAUGGACAGAGGUUUCCCUGGUGCUUACCUGAGGCUUUCUCAGCUCUGGGUGCUGCAGGCUGGAAUCAAUGGACUGCUGGGAGUUGGAGUGGACAGUGGAGAGCCAGACACAGAGGUUGGGGAGGGUGCGCCAGAGGAAGUAGUGGUGGCCCUUGCAGAAAAAUUGUCCUCUGGCUGCAGAGGAAAGAAAGAGCAAUGGGACUAGGAGUCCAGAGGCCAGGGUCCCACUCUGUCCCCAGUGCACAGAGUGACCACGGAUAGCAGGUCAACUGCCUUGCUAGGGCUCAGUCCCCUCGUCCAUAAAAUGGGGCUCAUAAUCCACUCCCUAUCCCACA